ACAGAGCCACUUGAAUACUACACGUCUGCUUGCGAAGCUACAUUCACAAUGGUCGUUCUCGCAGCCUCAAUAUGCACUCGUGGCGGCAAGGCCGUCCUCUCUCGCCAGUUCCGUGAGAUGCAACGGUCACGUAUCGAAGCCCUCCUUGCCUCAUUCCCCAAGCUCGCCGACGGCGCUUCGCAACACACCACGGUCGAACAGGACAAUGUCCGCUACGUGUACCAACCGCUCGAUGAGCUCUACAUGGUGCUCAUCACCAACCUGCAGUCCAACAUUCUGCAAGACAUCAACUCUCUGCACCUUUUUGCCCAGGUCGUCUCGUCUAUAUGCAAGUCGCUGGAUGAGCGCGAGAUCUUGAAGAAUGCCUUUGAGCUUCUGUCUGCAUUCGACGAGAUCGUCACCAUGGGAUACCGAGAAAACCUUACCAUGACCCAGAUCAAGACUUUCUUGGAGAUGGAGUCUCACGAGGAGAGAAUCCAAGAAAUCAUUGCGCGGAACAAGGAAUUGGAGGCGACCGAAGAGCGGAAACGUCGCGCCAAGCAGCUCGAGAUGCAAAGGAAGGAAAUGUCGAGAUCCUCUCGCGGAAUGGGUGGAGGCAUGGGCAGUGGCGGUAUGGGAGGGGGCUCACGCACACCGCAAUAUCCCACUUUCACCCCAAGUGCUCCGACUACCGUGCCAGACACCUACGACAGCUACGAAGCUGCUAAGAAGCCAGCGAGCAAACCCCUGGCUUUGGGCAAGAAGGGGAUGCAGCUCGGCAAGAAGAAACAGACCAACAAUCUAUUCGAGCAGGUCGCCGGCGAUCUUCCCGCAGAAACAGAGCCUCUCGUUUCCUCGCCCAAGACCUCUGCCCCCGCCGCAGCUCCCGCCAGCGCGCGCCAAUCCACGUCUCUGGAUCGCGAAGCCGUGCACAUCACCACCAACGAAUCAAUCUCCGCUCGUCUAGAUCGCGAGGGACUCCUCAAGUCGUUCGAAGUCAAGGGUGAAAUGCAACUCAAAAUCACCGACCCUGCACUCACACAGGUCAAGCUCGACCUCCAAGCUGGUGAAACGCGCGGCGCACAGCUCAUGACACAUCCCAAGGUCGACAAGGCCGUCUUCCGCAACAACCAAGUCAUUCAGCUCACCGAUACGAGCAAGGGGUUCCCCUCCAACAUGGGCAUUGGCGUCAUGAAGUGGAAGCUCGCGCCGAAGCCGGAAGAUGUGGCAGACCCGCCCAUCACCUUCCGUGUCUGGGUCGAGGAGUCGGGCAACAUGUUUAACAUCACCGUCGAGUACGAGCUCACAGGCGGCGAUGCCCUCAAGGAUGUCGCCGUCACCAUCCCCUACCAAACUGAGGAGCCAAACAUUUCCUCGUACGACGCUGUCUACGAGGUCAGCGGCGACAGUCUCGAGUGGAAUAUUGGCACCGUCGACGACGAGCACAGCUCUGGUAGCUUCGAGUUUGAAGCCCAGGCUGAGAGCGAUUCCGAAUUUUUCCCCAUGCGCGUGCGUUUCAACAAGUCUUCGCCUUUUGUGGACGUCGAUGUUGCUUCCGUCACGCUGCUCUCGAUGAACCAGGACAUCAAUUUCACAAAAGAUAUCAAGUCUGUUGCAGACGUUUAUGAGAUCGUAUAG